CACCAGAUGAGGGGAAACGGAACCCUAGCUAUUCCACAUAUGUUGUAAGGAAAGGCUCUAGACCCUCUGGUUCUUUCUAAGGGGGCCCUGCAAAUGAAGCCCUCUUGAGUCUUGCCAUAACAGGACCAGAGGGAGCCCUCUUGUCCUUGCCAAGCCCUCACCCGGCCUCAGCUGAAGCUGUUUUAGUUCUCCUCUGAGCAGCCACAGUCCAGAACCAACUGGGUGGCCCCUUCUUUCUCCCACUGCCCACAUGUGCAGAAAACAGCUCCAGGGAGACUUGGCUCCCAGGUACAGCCGAGGGCGCUGGUCCCCAGCCCACCUGAGUUUGUUUCUUUCCUCUGACGCUAACUCCACCCGGCUCUUUUCGGCUUGGCUGCCUGGUCCCCAGCUCUGUCACUAACCUGCUGCUCGUUUCUCCCUCACCCCCAUGUCACUCUUUCCUAACCCUGUCUUGUCUGGUGACACCCAUCAUCUCACUCCUUGGCCCCCACUCCGUCUCCUCCUCACCUUGUCUUCUCCCCCGACCCCCAUCAUCUCACUCCUCGGCCCCCCCCAUUGUCUUUGACCCCGCCUGGCCGCCACCCCUCACCCCAGCUGACGGCCCUGAUGCCCACCCAGCAGCAGCUCCUCCUGCAGCAGGCUCAGGCCCAGCUCCUGGCCGCCGCGGUCCAGCAGUCCAACGCCGCUGCCGCCGCUAAUGCAGCCGCUGCCGCCUCCGGGCAGCCCCCUGCCCCAGCUGGGGGAGGUGACCUGCCGCCGCAGCCACCCGCCAGCCAGCCCCCGGCGACCCCCCAGCUCACCCUGUCCCAGCCCAUCCAGCUCACGGCCCAGGACAUCCAGCAGCUCCUUCAACUCCAGCAGCUAGUCCUUGUUCCUGGGCACCACCUCCAGUCACCUGCACAGUUCCUGUUGCCACAAACCCAACAAGGGCAACCAGGCCUGCUCCCAACACCAAAUCUGUUCCAGCUACCUCAGCAAAGCCAGGGAGCCCUCCUGACCUCCCAGCCCCGGGCUGGGCUCCCUACACAGGCAGUGACCCGACCCCCGCUGCCCGAUCCGCACCUCUCGCACUCGCAGCCGACCAAAUGCCUGGAGCCACCCUCCCACCCUGAGGAGCCCAGCGACCUAGAAGAGCUGGAGCAAUUCGCUCGCACCUUCAAACAGAGGAGAAUCAAGCUGGGUUUCACUCAGGGCGACGUGGGGCUGGCCAUGGGCAAGUUAUAUGGCAACGACUUCAGCCAGACAACCAUCUCGCGCUUCGAGGCGCUCAACCUAAGCUUUAAGAACAUGUGCAAACUGAAGCCCCUUUUGGAAAAGUGGCUCAAUGAUGCAGAGACCAUGUCGGUGGACUCCAGCCUGCCCAGUCCUAACCAGCUGACCAGCCCCAGCCUGGGCUUCGAUGGGCUCCCGGGCCGGCGACGCAAGAAGAGGACGAGUAUUGAGACGAACGUCCGCUUCGCCUUAGAGAAGAGCUUUCUAGCGAAUCAGAAGCCUACCUCAGAGGAGAUCCUGCUGAUCGCAGAGCAGCUGCACAUGGAGAAGGAGGUGAUCCGUGUCUGGUUCUGCAACCGGCGUCAAAAGGAGAAGAGAAUUAACCCGUGCAGCGCUGCCCCCAUGCUGCCCAGCCCGGGCAAGCCAGCGGCCUACAGCCCCCACCUCGGGCCUGGGGUGACACCUCAGGGGGCUGGGGGGACCCUGCCACUGUCCCCGGCUUCCAGCAGUCUGAGCACAACAGUUACUACCUUGUCCUCAGCUGUGGGGACCCUCCACCCCAGUCGGACAGCUGGAGGGGGCAGCAGUGGGAGUGGGGCCGUGACCCCCCUCAACUCUAUCCCCUCCAUCACCCCCCCACCCCCUGCCACCACCAACAGCACAAAUCCCAGCCCCCAAGGCAGCCACACGGCCAUCGGCCUGUCAGGCCUGAACCCCAGCACAGGAAGCACAAUGGUGGGGCUGAGCUCGGGGUUGAGUCCGGCUCUCAUGGGUAACAACCCUUUGGCCACCAUACAAGCCCUGGCCUCUGGUGGAACUCUCCCCCUUACCAGCCUUGAUGCCAGCGGGAACCUGGUGCUGGGGGCAGCUGGGGGCGCCCCAGGGAGCCCAGGCAUCGUGACCUCACCACUCUUCCUGAACCAUGCCGGGCUGCCACUACUCAGCGCCCCUCCAGGGGUGGGCCUUGUAUCAGCUGCAGCAGCCGCUGUGGCAGCCUCGAUCUCCACCAAGUCCCCAGGCCUCUCCUCCUCCUCUUCCUCUUCCUCCUCCUCCUCCUCCUCCUCUUCUUCCUCCUCUUCCUCCUCCUCUUGCAUCGAGACAGCAGCACAGACCCCCGGAGGGCCUGAGGCAGGGGCCAAAUCGGAAUGAAGACACCCCCUCUGCCUUUCCCUGCCACCCUCCACCCUCGCCCACCUCUGGUCUCCUCAGUUGGGGAAGCUGGUGGUAGGGGGACAGCGGCGGGGGAUUGAGGUGAGGGUCCGGGAGCUGGAGAAAGAGAGUGGAGGAAACACCAAAAAAAAAAAAUACCCCCAGAAAGAAAAAACCAAACAAAAAAUAAAGUAAAGCCAAAUAGAAACAGACAUAACCAGCCGCCCAGAAUGAGCCGGGGCGAACAGAAGAAACCAAAAAACGAAACCAAAAAAACC